UGACGCAGAUGGAUCGAGUUGCCGAGGUCGGUCGCUCUUUCCCCGGCAAACGCGAUCGAGCAUCAAAGCCCGAACCUCCCUGCGCUUCCGCACUGCACCAUCUCCGCAUUCACACACCCCAUACGUUCCUUCUUCACGUCCAACUACCCCUAAACCUCAUCUCCAGACCAAGCGCAUCCUAGUCGGACAAGAAGGAAACAGGAAACGACGACUUGAAGCUGGACUUCUCUCCCUCGCGGUAUAUCCUCAGCUUGUUCGUUGGAAGCAGCAAAGCCGAUAAGAUGGUUGCGGAUGCGCUUGUCUAUCACCCGACGGUGUCGCAUUACCUCAAGUUCGUUGCAACGACCGUCGGACGCGACAAAGUCCUCCGUACCCUCCAAUACUUCUCUCGCUUCCUAGCAUGGUACUUGUACCGCACGAACAAGCCCGCCUCGUCCAUCGCCCCGUAUGAAGCGACCAAGAAGACUUUCGGCGCGACGCGCAAGUUGAUGCGCGUGGGCAAGUUUGUCGAGCACUUCCGCGCUGCGGCUGUGGCCAGUGACGCGAAGACUAUGGACCCCGUGUUGAGGUUUACCGCCGUGGGAAGGCAGCUAGGAUAUGCGUUCUACAUGCUGUGUGAUAAUGCUUGUGUGCUCGACGCAACAUCCAUCCGCAAAUCCUCCUUCGCCCCACGUCUCCUCCGCGAAGGCUACCGUGCCUGGUUCGCCGGAAUCUCCUUCUCCAUUGCCUCCGGCCUGUACUCGUACUACAACCUGCUCCAGCACUCCAAGACUAUUACUUCUUCGUCUGACCCGGAGAAGGUCGUUGAGACGAAGAAGCUGCAGAAGGAGCUUAACGCUGUGAAGGUGCAGUUGAUUAGUGAUCUCUGCGAUAUCACUAUUCCUAGCUCGGCGCUGGGCUGGGUUGACUUGGAUGAUGGAAUUGUGGGAUUGGCGGGUACGACAAGUUCGCUACUGGGGGUCUGGAGUCAGUGGAGGAAGACUGCUUAGGUGGGAUGGUGAGAGAGGAGGGGUGUGUAAUUAUGGACUUGGAGAGAUUGAAAGAAUGGGAUGUAUGGGAUACCGAACGUUGUUCUUGUCACUCGAUUUAUCUUUGUUUAAUACUCCGAUCAUCUGUACAUUGCUAUUCUUCGAGACAUGUGCGUUCCUCUCAUUAUGUCUCCUUCCCUACCUUCGCCGUUUAUUGCUUAUAUAUUGUCGGCU